AUGGAGCAUGGGUUCACGCUGGAGGAAGUGAGGCAGGAGGUGAUGAGUAUGGGGAGCCUAAAAGCUCCAGGGAAAGAUGGGUAUCAACCUGUGUUCUUUCACAAAUGUUGGUCUACGGUUGGUGAGGCUCUUUUCUGGUUUGUGGGUGAUUGCUUUGUGAAUCCAAUGCAGAUCGGGUUCAUCAAUGAGACUCUGUUGGUGUUGAUCCCGAAGAAAGAGAGCCCAGAGUACAUUGCCCAGUUUCGGCCGAUCGGUUUGUGCAAUGUAGUUUAUCAAACCUUGGCCAAAUGCAUAGUCAACAGAAUCAAACCUCAUAUGAGGCGCCUGGUGCAUCCUACUCAAACUUACUUCGUCUCGGGGCGCCACAUCACUGAUAUUAUUAUUGUGCAGGAGGUGGUUCAUUCCAUGGGUCUUAAGAAGGGGAAGAAAGGUCAAAUGUUUCUCAAGAUAGAUCAGGCUAAAGCUUACGAUAAGCUGAGCUGGCGAUUUCUGCAUGAGACUCUAGUGGCUGCAGGCAUUCCCACCCAUCUGACGAGCGUCAUUAUGGCUUGUGUGUCAUCUUCGUCCAUGCAGGUUAUGUGGAAUGGCGGUGCAACUGAGGGAUUUACUCCCUCGAGAGGCCUAAGGCAGGGCUGCCCGCUAUCACCGUAUCUAUUUACUCUGUGCAAGGAGAUAUUGAGUCAUGUUAUCCAGGAGGCGGUGGUAAAAGGAGCUUGGAAGACGAUUAAGGCCUCCCCGGGUGGCCCUUCCUUAUCUCAUUUGUUCUUUGCUGACGACCUCAUUCUGUUUGCAGAGGCUAGCGAGGAAUAA